AUGGAAAGAUAUCAGAGGAAGAUCGGUUGUUUCCUGCAGAUACCUAACGUGGGUAGAGGCCAGUUGAAAUACGUGGGGCCUGUAGAGAAUAAGCCUGGAUUGUAUGCAGGUAUAGAUCUCUUGGCAAAUAUAGGCAAGAAUGAUGGCAGUUUCCAAGGGAUAAGGUAUUUCGAGUCUGAAUACCCUCAGAGUGGAUUGUUUAUACAGCUACACAAGGUAGCGGCUCUCAUCGACAGUUCGGUUAGUACUGCAGCAUCUUCUAGAAGGUCUACCAUGGCGGUAGAUCUAGGCAGCCGUGUGAGUAGCUCUGGUGGCAGCAGUUCUGGCAGCGUUAGAAGAUCUACCAUGUUUGUAGAUCCCAGAUCACCUACGCCGGUGAGGAGCAGAAGAGUGCCCAGUGGGGAAGAAAUGCUUGAUUUUCCUGCUGUUCCACCCCCUGCUCCUGUUCCUGCUCCUGCUCCUGUCCCAGCCCCAGUUGAUACUGAUAAUGGCUACUUGCAGCUACGACAGCGCUUAGAGAAGCAGGAUAGGGAAAUUGCACAAUACAAGAAACUGCUUGACGAUCAAAGAAUAAUUUUAGAAGAGUUGCAACCGACAAUCGAUAGCUAUGAGGAGAAUUGUAAGAAGUUAGAGGACGCAAAUACUAGACUGCGAGCUCAGUUGUCGGCAGAAAUGGAUCAGCAAAGAAGGCAGAAACAGUAUUUUGAAUCUGAACACGAACAAUUGCUUGCAGUUGUAGAUGAAUUACAUGAGGAGAUUAAGGCUAACGAAAGGAGAGUACUGAAUGAAAAUAGAUUCAAAUCAGGAACGGAAUCUACGAAUUUGGUGGAACAGUUACGUAGAGAGUUGGACGACUCACACAAGAGAAUAUUCCUUCUUGAGAGGAAAUUGGAUCAGCAACAGCAACUACAAACUGUAACCGCAUCACCAACCAUGUAUAAAGAUGAUACUGCGAGUACAUUGGAGUCGUUGCCGAUCUUCAAACCGAAACACAAGAUUGAUGUUACAGCAGGCAGGGAAUCUUGGUGUGCUCUAUGCGAACAGAGCGGUCAUGAUAGUAUAGAUUGCCCUUACGAAAUGCCACACGAUGAAAAAACAAAGAAUAUCUCAUCACAACAACUGCUGUUCUAG